AAGUUGGAAAAAGUGAGAAAUGAAUUACAAAUAAUCCAAAAGCCAUUCAAUACAACCACCAGAAUAUUGGCCCUCAAUUUCACGUCAACCCAUAUAUACACACAAUGCGAGCAAACAUUCAGGGAGUUGGACCCAGACAUCCAUGUGUUGGUCAACAACGUAGGUAUGGGUUAUCAAGACGGUAUACCUGUCAGAUUUGGGGAAACACCUAAUUUGGACCAAUUCUGUACGGAUAUGAUUAACGUUAACAUAAUGUCGUGCACACGACUCACGGCACUUGUAUUGCCGGCAAUGGUAUUCAAUGGACAGGGAGUCAUAAUCAACGUAUCGUCGUUCGCGGCUAACCUUCCCAUUCCUUUACUGAGCCAAUACUCGGCCACCAAAGCAUACAUGGAUUACUUUAGCCGUGGAUUAGCCGUUGAGUACAAUGAUCGAGGUAUUAUCGUUCAGUCAGUGAUGCCUAACGUGGUGUCCACCAAAAUGGUUGCCCAACCCAUCCGGAACAGUAGCUUUAUUCCCAGCGCUCGGGACUACGUACGCCAUACUAUACGCACCGUUGGUUUUGCGAGCCGUACCGCUGGCUACCCGUCCCAUCGAAUCGCACAGAUUUUCUACGAUUUUGUUGCCUUUAUAUCCGAUAUAAUUGGCGUGAAUUUGGGCCAAAAACUAACCAAAUUAUGUGAACGUUUGGGACAAAUAUUGAUGUAUUUAAUAGCUAUUCGUCUCAUUAUAAUGGUCUGGCGUUUCAUCAAAAAUUAUAACAAAAGUGAUGUAUUAGUUGGAAAUGGAUGCAAAUGGGCUGUGAUUACCGGUGCCACGGAUGGCAUAGGGCUGGCAUACGCUCAUGAGUUAGCUCUAAGACAAUACAACUUAUUACUGAUAUCGCGAUCACAAGAAAAGUUGGAAAAAGAACUGGAUAGUGAGAGGGCCUACGGUAGCCGACAGUACGACUCUCAACCCCAACCGUACGGAUCGCGUGUCUCACGUAGUCUCGAGGUU